UCAACAGGAUCCUUCCAUGAGGAGCUGCCUCUUCCAUUUGCUGCUGGAUUUGAACUUGUUUCUUUCUGGCAGAAUCAAGGACAUGCCAGCACUAGCGGGAUGAGUGGGUGCUCCGGUGGGGAUGUGGUCAUUGCCGGCCAGUGAGGGCGAGAGCGCCACGGCCCACUUCUUCCUGGGAGCUGGAGAUGAAGGGUUGGGCACCCGUGGAAUAGGCAUGAGGUCAGAAGAGAGUGACAGCGAGCUCCUGGAAGAUGAGGAGGACGAAGUGCCUCCCGAACCACAGAUCAUUGUUGGCAUCUGUGCCAUGACCAAGAAAUCUAAGUCCAAGCCAAUGACCCAAAUCCUAGAGCGACUCUGCCGAUUUGACUACCUGACUGUUAUCAUUCUGGGAGAAGAUGUGAUUCUCAAUGAACCUGUGGAAAACUGGCCAUCCUGCCACUGCCUCAUCUCUUUCCACUCCAAAGGAUUUCCUCUGGAUAAGGCUGUUGCUUACUCCAAGCUUCGAAAUCCCUUUCUUAUCAAUGAUUUGGCCAUGCAGUAUUACAUCCAAGAUAGGAGGGAGGUGUACCGGAUCCUGCAAGAAGAGGGCAUUGAUCUGCCUCGAUAUGCUGUGCUCAACCGUGACCCCGCCCGGCCUGAGGAAUGCAACCUGAUAGAAGGGGAAGACCAGGUAGAGGUAAAUGGAGCUGUCUUUCCCAAGCCUUUUGUGGAGAAGCCAGUUAGUGCCGAGGACCACAAUGUUUACAUCUACUACCCCAGCUCAGCCGGAGGAGGAAGCCAGCGCCUCUUCCGUAAGAUUGGCAGCCGGAGCAGUGUUUAUUCUCCUGAGAGCAGUGUCCGGAAGACGGGGUCGUACAUCUACGAAGAGUUCAUGCCGACAGAUGGCACUGAUGUCAAGGUGUAUACAGUGGGGCCGGAUUAUGCUCAUGCGGAAGCCAGAAAGUCUCCAGCUUUGGAUGGAAAGGUGGAGCGAGACAGUGAGGGGAAAGAGAUUCGGUAUCCUGUCAUGCUGACCGCCAUGGAAAAACUGGUGGCCAGGAAAGUCUGCGUAGCUUUUAAGCAAACCGUUUGUGGAUUUGACCUUCUUCGUGCCAAUGGCCACUCUUUUGUGUGUGAUGUCAAUGGCUUCAGUUUUGUCAAGAACUCGAUGAAAUACUAUGAUGACUGUGCCAAGAUUCUAGGGAAUACCAUAAUGCGGGAGCUGGCCCCACAGUUCCAGAUCCCAUGGUCCAUCCCAACAGAGGCUGAAGACAUUCCCAUUGUUCCUACCACGUCCGGUACCAUGAUGGAACUUCGUUGUGUCAUUGCCAUUAUCCGUCAUGGAGAUCGUACCCCCAAACAGAAAAUGAAGAUGGAAGUGACACACCCAAGAUUUUUUACUCUAUUUGAAAAACAUGGUGGCUACAAGACAGGGAAAUUAAAAUUAAAACGACCUGAGCAGCUACAGGAGGUGCUGGACAUCACCAGGCUGCUGUUGGCUGAGCUGGAGAAAGAGCCAGGUGGUGAGAUUGAGGAGAAGACUGGGAAACUAGAGCAGCUGAAGUCUGUGCUAGAGAUGUAUGGUCACUUCUCCGGCAUCAACCGGAAGGUGCAGUUAACUUACUACCCUCAUGGAGUAAAAGCUUCUAAUGAAGGGCAGGACCCUCAGCAAGAGAGUCCGGCCCCAUCUCUACUGUUGGUUCUGAAGUGGGGUGGAGAACUGACUCCUGCUGGUCGUGUUCAGGCUGAGGAACUGGGGCGAGCUUUCCGCUGCAUGUACCCCGGAGGACAGGGUGACUAUGCUGGCUUUCCUGGAUGUGGGCUGCUCCGUCUUCAUAGUACUUUCCGCCAUGACCUGAAGAUCUAUGCUUCUGACGAGGGCCGCGUCCAGAUGACUGCUGCUGCCUUUGCUAAGGGCCUUCUGGCUCUAGAAGGAGAGUUGACACCCAUUCUGGUGCAAAUGGUGAAGAGUGCCAACAUGAACGGGCUCCUGGACAGUGACGGCGAUUCCUUGAGCAGCUGCCAGCGCCGAGUAAAGGCUCGACUACACCAUAUUUUACAGCAAGACGCACCCUUUCGCCCUGAAGACUAUGACCAGCUGGCUCCCACGGGCAGCACUUCCCUCCUUAACUCCAUGGCGAUCAUCCAGAAUCCCGUAAAAAUCUGUGAUCAGGUAUUUGCCCUGAUUGAAAACCUUACCCACCAGAUCCGGGAAAGGAUGCAGGACCCCAACUCUGUAGACCUGCAACUCUACCACAGUGAGACACUGGAGCUAAUGCUACAGCGUUGGAGCAAGCUGGAGCGUGAUUUCCGACAGAAAAGUGGGCGCUAUGACAUCAGUAAGAUCCCUGAUAUUUAUGACUGUGUCAAGUAUGAUGUGCAGCACAAUGGAAGUCUGGGACUUGAAGGCACAGCAGAAUUGCUACGUCUCUCUAAGGCACUGGCCGAUGUGGUCAUUCCCCAGGAAUAUGGAAUCAGCCGAGAGGAGAAACUGGAAAUUGCUGUUGGCUUCUGUCUUCCACUGUUAAGGAAGAUACUGCUUGACCUGCAGAGAACCCACGAGGAUGAGUCUGUCAACAAGCUGCAUCCCUUGUAUUCUCGAGGAGUGCUCUCCCCUGGCCGCCACGUGCGAACACGCCUCUAUUUCACCAGUGAGAGCCACGUCCACUCCCUACUUAGUGUCUUCCGUUAUGGAGGACUUCUGGAUGAGACGCAGGAUGCGCAGUGGCAGCGUGCUUUGGCUUAUCUCAGUGCCAUCUCAGAACUCAACUACAUGACCCAGAUUGUCAUCAUGCUUUAUGAGGACAACACACGGGAUCCUUUCUCAGAGGAGCGAUUCCAUGUGGAGCUGCACUUCAGCCCUGGAGCGAAAGGUGUUGAGGAAGAAGGCAGUGCCCCAACUGGCUAUGGAUUCCGCCCGGCUUCUUCUGAGAAUGAAGAGAUGAAAACAGAUCAAGGCAGCAUGGAGAACCUGUGCCCUGGGAAGGCAUCAGAUGAGCCAGACCGGGCGUUGCAGACUUCACCCCAGCCCUUUGAGGGCCCCGGCCUCCCAAGGAGAUCACCUCUCAUUCGUAACCGAAAAGCCGGUUCCAUGGAGGUCAUGAACAUGCAGUGUACGGGGAGCCUGGACCUGAUCCCCUUGAGGGGACGGCGCCGCCGGAGGUCAGGAGACCUCCCCCGGCCUUCCCCAGCCAUCGGCCUACAGCCCCGGGCUGUGUCUACCACUCACCUGGCAUCCUGCACACAGGUGCUCUCUGAGACCUCCUCCUCGAGGCCUGGCGGCUACCGGCUCUUUUCAUCCUCACGGCCACCAACAGAGAUGAAGCAGAGUGGCCUAGGCUCACAGUGUACAGGGCUGUUCAGCACCACCGUGCUGGGCGGCUCCUCCAGUGCCCCGAAUCUACAGGACUACGCCUGCAGCCAUGGCAAAAAGCUACCACCUGCCAGUCUGAAGCACCGAGAUGAGCUCUUGUUUGUCCCGGCCGUAAAACGAUUUUCUGUGUCGUUUGCAAAGCAUCCGACUAACGAGCUGCUGGAUGACCAGCACCCUGUGGUCCAGUUGCUGCGCAGUUUUUCCUCUGACUGCCCGGGGGGCCGGCCAGUCUCCUUGGAUGCCACGCUGGCGCAUCACCUGCACCAGUGCUCCUACCACCUGCGCCUCUUCCGGAACUGGCUGCGCUCAGGCCAGGAUGACCCCGAGUGCCUCUACGGCUUUGAAGGCUGCUCCAUGGUGCCUACCAUUUACCCCCUGGAAACACUGCAUAAUGCACUUUCCUUGCGUCAAGUGAGUGAAUUCUUAAGUAGAGUGUGCCAGCGCCACACUGAUGCCCAGGCCCAGGCAUCUGCAGCCCUCUUUCACUCGAUGCACAGCAAUCAGUCCUCAAACAGUCCAUAUCCCCAACCCCGUACUCUCCAUUCACCUCCCCUGCAACUGCGGCAGCGUUCUGAGAAGCCCCCAUGGUACAGCAGUGGCCCGUCCAGCACUGUGUCCAGUGCUGGUCCUUCUUCUCCCACUGCAGUGGAUGGAAACGCCCAUUUUGGCUUCAGCGAUCAAUCCUCCCUAAGUUCACGGGUGACUGAAGAACGUCAAAGCCUUGGGCAGCCCCAGAAGACUACUGGGAAUGGAGCACAAGAGCCAAUAGAAGGGGAGAAAGAAACUUUUGAACCAAAUCAGUCCCCACAGGAACCCCCUGUAGAGAUCAGCCAUCCAUGUCAGGAUGUCCCUGAGGAGGUCAGUCAGCCAUGCCAGGAGAACCCUGAAAUAAGCCAACCAAGCCAGGAAGUUCCUGAUAUUAGCCAGCUGUGCUGGGAAAUCCCUCAGAUCAGCCAGCCAUGCCCGGAGGCCCAUGACAAUGUUAACCAGCCAUGCCAUGAGAUCCCUGAAAGCACUCUGCCUCGCCAGAAGACCAGCCAAGUCUCUGAGGACAUCUGUCAGCUUUGCCAAGAGAACUCUCAAGAGAUCAACCAGCCAUGCCAGGAAGAUCCAGUGGAAAUUGGUGGUCUGGUCUGUAGACCAGCCCAAGUGGUCCCUGAGGAGGUCAUCCAGCCAUGCCAGGGGCUCUCUGUAGAGGUUGGCAGGCUGGCUCAGGAGUAUUCUGCAAUCAAUCUGUUGUCUCAGGACAUCCCUGAGGUUGAUAAGUUAUCUCCAGAGUGCCGUGGAGAGGAUGUGCAGGCCCUGGAGUUCCCUGAGGAGGCUCAUCAGCAGUCCUGGGUGGUUUCUGCAGUGACUGAUCAACUUCCUGGUGAGGAUGUUUCACAAGCCCAGUAUCCCUCCAGUGCUUCAAACCCUCAGCGCCAGUCUCAAGACCAUGACCAGCACUCACCCUUCCCACCAGCAACAUGUGAUUAAUCCCGGUCUCAUUAGUGGUGUCACACUAUACCAGCCAUUUGAGCCAACUUUUCUGUUGGCUAACUCCCUUGCCAGCCGGCCUUGGCUCUCACCAGAUGUACCGGAGGAAACAGUCCUUCCUCUUGGUAUGAAGCAUACCUGUGUCAGAGCCGGGUUUGGGAAGAGCCAGUUUUAUGUUCAAAACAGUCAUUGGUUCCCUACCUAGCCAUCAGACUGGAAAGGAAUUUCCUUGGUGCAGGCUGGUUUAUCAUUCUCCAACCUCCCAAAUCGUUAAAGAAAAUGCCACUUAACUGCUGAAGACACGAUAUUUUUCUGGAGAAAUCGUCACAAGUUUUCAAGCUACCCAUAGACCAUAUGUGCAUUCAGGGGAACUCUUGCCUUUGCUCCUCAGGUGGGUCCUGGAUGGUCAUCUGAAAUGUCUGGGAAAAAGGAGUCCCCCUUCCCAAACAAACCUCCAUCACGGCCAUGAUCUCUAGACUGGGCUUGUGGGCGUCCCACGUCAUCGCUGAGGGCCCCUCUGCCCCAGGACAAUUCCUGUGAGCAACAGCUCUUGGGAGAAAUGGGUAGUAGAUUGCUGUACCAAUUUCAGAAUAACUACUUAAAAUGUUGUAGGGGGUUCUUGGCCAAUCUGUCAAGCUGAGUCUUCCUCUGUUGUGGGGCUGUUUGACUUAGGCAAUGCUGUAGUAGAGAAUCAGGUUCUAUUUUAAGCAAUCAGCAGAGAUCAAUAUUGUACAGACAUAUGCAAAGAUUUAAUAUAUAUAUACACACACACACACACACACAUAUUUCUGUAGGGGUGCCAGGGGCAGACUGGCCAAAGACCAAACACUCCCAAGAUAUUUAUCCUUUUAUCAUUGUGCUUUUAGGGCCAGGCGUGAUUAUGAAGCUUUACCCAAAGAUCUGAGGAUGGAAAUAGGGGUGUGUAGGCGAGGUAAUUCAGACAUUGAGUGGGGGGCGAGGGGACUUGAUGAGUGCUCAAUAAAUUAAAAUAAUGAGAAUGAUA